UCAAUCCACUGUGUCUAGCGGUUGUGUUUUUGUUCUCCGUGGCGAGGGUUUUCUUGUCAAACCCGUCCCAGUGGAAUCCCCUGCGUUGUAGUAUUUUCCCCCAUCUCCAAAAUUCAAUACAUGAAUAAAAUGUGUUGUUUUGUGCGCUCCUAAACGAAUAUAACGGUGGUGGUUCACGUCGCGUGCUGCUGCGCUGUGAAUGUUAUAUCCCACAUGCUUAUUAAUGCGCGCUGGCCCAGACGCGUGAACAAGUGCAUCGUUAUGAUCUGCUUUUUCGGCAGCGCAUGUCCGUGUUGAACAUGAGUGACAGAAAAUGUAUUUUUACUUUAGAAUUCAUGUGACCCCUAAGGCGCAUAUGCGGGGACGUGCCGUUUUCGUACCUCGACAUCGAGUCCUUGUUUAAUUCGGUGGCUUGCAGUCCUGACAAUGAUUGAUAUUAAACCAGUAGCCUAUAUACUCUGGUCUAUUUAGCUAAUCAAAACCUUGUUUACAAAUGACACCUGACUCGCUGAAAAGUGCGCUUCACCCGCACCACAGGAGCGCGCAUGAAGAAGUUAAAAUAAAGAUAAAGGACCUAAAUGAACACAUCGUAUGCUACCUCUGUGCAGGAUACUUUAUCGACGCAACUACCAUCACAGAAUGUCUUCAUACGUUCUGUAAGAGCUGCAUUGUGAAGUAUCUCCAGACCAGCAAAUAUUGUCCAAUGUGUAACAUCAAAAUACACGAAACGCAGCCUCUGCUGAAUCUAAAGCUGGACAGAGUCAUGCAAGACAUUGUCUACAAACUAGUCCCGGGUCUACAAGAGAGCGAAGACAAGCGAAUUAAAGAAUUCUAUCAGUCACGCGGUCUUGAACGCAUCAUACAGCCAUCUGGAGAAGAUUCAGUUCCAGAUAACACAGGAUUACCUUACACGAGCUUCGACCACUCCAAAGCUCACUUUUACAGAUACGAUGAGCAGGUCUCUCUAUGUCUGGAAAGGCAGAGCUCAUUUUCUGGGAAGGACAAAAGUAAAUUAACUCUACAGCAGAAAUUUGUACGUUGUUCGGUCAGGGCUGAAGUACGGCAUCUGAGGAAAGUGUUAUGUCAUCGACUUAACGUGGAGAAACACCAGGUCCAGAUGUUAUUCAAUAACGAAUCUCUCCCAGAUCACAUGACCAUGAAGCGUCUCUGGCUGUCCCACUGGUUUGGAAAGGCACAACCGCUGGUACUCCAUUAUGCUAUAAAAGACAAACGGACGAGAUAGGAUUGUGUGAACAUAUCAAUUGGUGUAAAUAUUUUGUAUUUCACAUAUUCUAUUUUAAUAGCUUUCUGUGCAUAUAUACUUAUUUUUUUGUUUUGUAUUUUUGAAAAUAAAUUUUAUGUGGUAAAAAUA